CACUAAUAACAAUACGCUGGAUAUCUUUAUCAUAAACUGGUUAUUAGAUACAAUUAGUUAUUAAAAAGGAUAUUAAUAUUGCAAUGGGUAGUCUUAGAAUCAUUCCAGAAAAUUCUCAAUUAAGCUCGAUAAAUAACCAAGAAGGUGGAGAAAGUUCAUAUUCUGCUCCUGGGUUAAACGAUUUAUUUAAAAAUGGAGGACCCAGUUCAUUAAGUGACAAAAUCAACGAUAGACAUCCAUUAGAGAAUCAAAUUAAAAACUGGGAAAGUACGCAACUUGAUCUUAAAAUGGAACAAUACAGAAGAUUGUUUGGGUUAGCUGAACCACUAAAGAGAACAAUGGAGUUGGAAAUCGUCAAUAGAAUAGAUUUCAGACCAGAGAUAUUGGGUGGAACAAGCAAUUUGCAUAGAGAUAUCUUGUUGAACAAAGAUUGCUCGAUUGAUUGGGAGGAUAUUUAUCAAAGUGGAAUUGAUAACAACGAGUUCAGCACCAACUUCCACUCAGAAAUGGAGAGGAAAAUGGGGAUUUAGAAUAUUUGUGUUUAGUCAAUUAGCUAUUUAGUAUAAAUACAUAGAGAUAGUCUCAGUAUAUAAUCGUUAAUAUAACAAUUGCC